CAUGUUUUUGUCGUUUUCGCGGACCAGCAAUUCCGCAUACAUAUAUGUAGGAUCCGAAUCCGAAUUUUGAACUCCAGAGCCCGCCACGGGAAUGCUCUUUCUCCCCCUUUGCCCCAGUUCAAUUGCUCCAUUUUUGGAUUAGAUUUCGCCAAAGCUCCGACGAAGAGGCAGAAUUCAAGCUCAUAGCGAGGAAUGUCGUUGUCAGUCAAUAGCGAUUCACAAUCCAAAAACCCUAUUACCUUGUACAGCCGCAAAGAGAAAUCUCUCGGCGUUCUCUGCUCCAAUUUUUUGAGGCUGUACGACCGAGAUGAUGUGGAUUGCAUUGGAUUGGACCAUGCUGCUGAUCAAUUAGGUGUUGAAAGACGCCGAAUUUACGAUAUCGUUAACAUACUAGAGAGUGUUGGGUUGUUGUCCCGAAGAGCUAAGAAUCAGUACACUUGGAAGGGUUUCACUGCUGUUCCUCAGACUCUGGAAGCACUUAAGGAGGAGGGUUUGAGAGAGAAGCUCAAUGUCCAAAAGAUUGGAAAAGUUUCAAUGGAAAAUGAAUACCAACCAACUGUGAGUUCAAGCAACACACAGGAUAGCAAACAUGAUUUUUUGUCCCGAAGAGCUAAGAAUCAGUACACUUGCAAGGGUUUCACUGCACUUCCUCAAACUCUGGUUGCACAUAAGGAGGAAGGUUUGAGAGAGAAGCUCAAUGGCCAAAAGAUUGCUAGUGUUUCAAGGGAAAAUGAUUACCAACUAACUGUGAGCUCAAGCAACACACAAGAUAGCACACGUGAAUUGGACAACACAAAGGAAAAAUCAGCGGCUCUCCUGACACAGAACUUCGUUGAUGCACUUAAGAAGGAAGGUUUGAGAGAGAAUCUCAAUGGCCAAAAGACUGCAAGUGUUUCAAUGGAAAAUGAUUACCAAGUAACUGUGAGCUCAAGCAACACACAAGAUAGCACACAUGAAUUGGUUAAAGGAGAAAACAGGAAGGAAAAAUCGUUGGCUCUCCUGACGCAGAACUUUGUAAAACUUUUUCUUUGUUCUGAAAUGGAAUUCAUCUCACUAGACAAUGCUGCAUCAGCUUUGCUGGGUAACAUGCAUGAUCCAACUGCCAUGCGAACAAAGGUUAGACGCUUGUAUGAUAUUGCAAAUGUCUUUGCAUCUAUGAACCUCAUUGAGAAGAUUCGUCACCCAGAAAGUGGAAAACCAGCAUUCAGAUGGAUAGGGCAGUUAGGAAAUCCAGCCAGGAGUGGGUCCAGUAGUGCCGCCAAUAUGAAUGGUCUAAAGAGGACAUUUGGGACGGAUAUUACAAAUAAUGUGACAAAGAGAAACAAGGUUGGUUCAUCAUCAGAUGUGAAGCCAUGUGAAUAUGGGACACAGUAUGUGAAACAUGGUUACAUGAAGGAUGAAAACUGCAAAUUGUCACCUGAGCGGCAUAAGCAGGGCUCCAAAGAAUUUGAGUUUGGUCCUUUCAGUCCAACUAGUGUACCAAGAGAGGUUCUUAGAAGCAUAAGUGGUGGUGGGCAUAUUCCCAACUGGGAGAACCUGGCUUCUACAUAUCGCCCUCGGUAUUGCAAUAAGGCUGCAAAUGAUUUAUUUGGUCACUAUGUUGAGGCGUGGAAUUCAUGGUAUAUUGCAGCUGAUGAGAGUAAGCAUGAUCAAAUCCAUCCCACCCCACUUUGAUUGCUUCCUCUCAUUCCAAUGGCAGCUUUUCAUGAUCAGCACAGAGUCUACAUGUAUUCUCUUCAUCCUCUUGCAGAUGAGAAUAAGUAGUUUUCGUUUUAUUUCUUGAUGUAGCUCACAUCUAGUACCCUACAUUCCCACAUUAUUGAAGUCAAUUUUGGUUCAAUGACUGAACUAAGAAAGCUGGUUUUCUUUUAAUUUUACUUGCCACCUCGCCUUCAAUUAGAGUUGUAAGAUGAUGUUCAUAAUGAACAAGGUACCAGGUGCAGAUGCGUAAUGUCAUACAUUAACACAUAAUGCAUGCAUGCCAAGAAAGGAAAUGCAAU